GUAAUAGAAUAGCCGAUGUAAUUUGACACUUCAACUUGCCGUGCUCUACGUUAGUUGAUUCAGGCACUCACACACACCACUGAUACGUUGUGCGCUUUCCAGUGGUUGUGAAGUGUGAAGAGACAACAAAACAAGAUUUGAAAAUACAGAGGAUUUUUGAUCCCGGCUUUGAGUUUUGGCCAUAUCUGAAAGUGUGGCGGGUGCUGGCUAAAGAGGAGUGGACGAAGGGACUGUCCCUGCGGCCUACAUGAAGGAAAGGGAGGGGGAGGGGGGGGCCGGUGACCACAGCUCAGACCUUCCCCACUCACAGGCUGCUUUUAUGAUUGAUGAGGAUACACAAGUGGAUUUGCCCAACACUAACGAACGAAUUCCACAGCGUCCACUGUGAGAGGGAAUUUGAUGGCUUCCAGGUAGAGAGCAAGAGGCUGCGAUCAAGAUGAACUCGAUGCCAUCGAUGGACAGGCACAUCCAGCAGACCAAUGACAGGCUGCAAUGCAUCAAACAGCACUUACAGAAUCCAGCAAACUUCCAGACGGCGGCGACAGAGCUGCUGGACUGGUGCGGAGACCCACGAGCCUUCCAACGGCCGUUCGAGCAAAGCCUGAUGGGGUGCCUCACGGUGGUGAGCCGUGUAGCUGCUCAGCAAGGCUUUGAUUUGGACCUGGGCUACCGGCUACUGGCCGUGUGUGCGGCUAACAGGGACAAGUUCACCCCCAAGUCAGCAGAAACCAACACCUGCAGGAGAUGUCAGAGUGACUCAGCGCUGUUGUCGUCCUGGUGCGAGGAGCUAGGACGCCUGCUGCUGUUGCGGCACCAGAAGAACAGGCAGAGUGAGCCUCAGGGCAAAGUGCCCAUGCAGCCGCCCAUCAACUCCAUGAAGCCGCCCCUGUCACACAGUGAUGGCUCCUUCCCUUAUGAUUCUGUUCCCUGGCAACAAAAUGCCAACCAAGCCCCUGGGUCUUUGUCUGUAGUGACGACAGUGUGGGGUGUGACCAAUACAUCUCAAAGUCAGGUCUUGGGCAACCCAAUGGCAAACGCUAACAACCCCAUGAACUCUGGAGGGAAUACCAUAGGCUCAGGCAUGGCAGCUAACAACCCAGGCGUGAACUCCCAGUUCCCUGGUCAGCAGCAGCAGUUCUCAGCCAAAGGGGGCAACAACCAGGCCUACAUGCAGCAGGGCAUGUACGGACGACCAGGACACCCGGGCAGUGGGGGCUUCAGUGGGAGUUACCCAGGCGGUCCUAAUGCCCCCGGUGGGAUAGGCAUGCCUCCGCCCACCCAGCCAGCUGCCGCUGCCGCUGCCGCCGCCGUCGCCGCCGCCGCUGCCACGGCAACCGCCACGGCAACAGCCACGGUGGCCCUGCAGGAGACGCAAAACAAGGACAUGAACCAGUACGGCCAGAUGUGUUCGUCCUUCCAGAUGGGUCCCACACAGGGCUACAACAACCAGUUCAUCAGCCAGCAGGGCCCCCGAGGACCCCCAUCACACACAGGGGGCAUGAACCCGGCGGGCAUCAACACGGGCAUCAACAAUGCCAACAUGAGCGGGCCCCCCAUGGGCAUGAACCAGCCCCGAGCGCCUGGCAUGGCUCCCUUUGGUGGCCACGGCCAGAGGAUGCCCCAGCAGGGCUACCCGGGCCCCCGGACGCCCAACAUGCCCAUGCAGGCCAUGAAGAGGCCCUACCCAGGAGAGCCAAACUAUGGAGGUCAGCAGUUUGGACAAAACGGCCAGUUUCCCAACCAGCAGGGCCAGUAUUCCAACCCCAAUGCCGCCAGGGCUCUGCCCUCUCCCAAUUACCCCGGCCAGAGAAUGCCCAGCCAGCAGGGCGCUGGCCAGUACCCCCCCGGCGGAGUGGCCAUGGGCCAGUACUACAAGCAAGAGCCUUUUAAUGGGCAGAACAACAACUUCUCUGGUGGUGGAUACUCCUACAACCAAGGCAAUGGGCCUCCACGACCAGUGGGCAACUACCCCCACUCUCCAGUCCCUGGGAACCCCACCCCUCCCAUGACCCCAGGUAGCACCAUUCCCCCCUACCUGUCCCCCAGUCAGGAUGUCAAGCCGCCAUUUCCUCCAGACAUGAAACCAAAUGUGACGCUCCUGCCCCCACACCCAAUCAACCCCAACGAGGAGCUGCGUCUGACGUUCCCCGUGCGGGACGGCGUGGUGCUGGAGCCCUUCCGCCUGGAGCACAACCUGGCCGUCAGCAACCACGUGUUCCACCUGAGACCCUCCGUCCACCAAACGCUCAUGUGGAGGUCUGACCUGGAGCUGCAGUUUAAGUGCUACCACCAUGAAGACCGGCAGAUGAACACCAACUGGCCGGCGUCGGUGCAGGUCAGCGUCAACGCCACGCCCCUGACCAUCGAGCGGGGCGACAACAAGACGUCGCACAAACCCCUCCACCUCAAACACGUGUGUCAGCCGGGCAGGAACACCAUCCAGAUCACCGUCACCGCCUGCUGCUGUUCGCACCUGUUUGUGCUGCAGCUGGUCCACCGGCCGUCUGUACGCUCCGUCCUGCAGGGGCUCCUCAAGAAGAGGCUGCUGCCCGCCGAGCACUGCAUCACCAAAAUCAAAAGAAACUUCAGCAGUGUAGCAGCCUCCUCUGGGAACACCACUCUGAAUGGGGAGGACGGGGUGGAACAAACAGCCAUCAAAGUGUCCCUCAAGUGUCCCAUCACCUUCAGACGGAUCCAGUUACCAGCGCGGGGACACGACUGUAAACACGUGCAGUGUUUUGACUUGGAGUCGUAUCUGCAGCUCAACUGCGAGCGAGGGACGUGGCGGUGUCCUGUCUGCAAUAAAAGCGCACUGCUGGAGGGGCUGGAGGUGGAUCAGUUCAUGUGGGGAAUUCUCAAUGCCAUCCAAAACUCGGAGUUUGAAGAGGUCACCAUCGACCCGACGUGUAGCUGGCGGCCGGUCCCCAUAAAGUCUGACCUCCACAUCAAGGAGGACCCCGACGGGCCGCUGGCCAAGCGCUUUAAGACAAUGAGUCCGAGUCAGAUGACCAUGCCCAACGUGAUGGAGAUGAUCGCCCAGCUGGGCCCUGGACCCUCGCCCUACAACUCGCUCCCCCAGCAGCACCCGGCCAACAGCGGGGAGUAUGCCGGCCAAGGCAGAGGCAACAGUUACCAGGGCCACGGAAACUUUGACUUCCCCCAUGGCAACCCGUCCGGCGGAGCGCCCAUGAAUGACUUCAUUCACGGCCCCCAGCUGUCGCAUCCACCUGAGGGGCCCAACAACCUCAUGGGCCCCGACAAGCCCCUCGCCCACGCCAUGCCUGACUCGAUGCCUCACCCAGGCAGCACUGAGCCGUCCCACGCUUCCAUGCAGCAGCAGAGCCUACAUGCGCCGCCUCACCCCGCCAGCCAAUCAGCACAGUCGCUGCACCACAGCGGCCCGCCCUCCUCCCAGCCGCCGGCCGUGCGCCAGGUCCCGCCCAAUCAGCAGCAGCCACAGCCGCUACCCUCCAGCCUUAACAGCCAAUCGCAUGGCAGCGAGCUGACCUUUCACCCUUCGGAAGGGCAGGCUGGGGGCCAGGGAGCAUCAGACAUGCCCGAGCCCUCGCUGGAUCUGCUCCCAGAGCUGGCCAACCCGGAGGAGUUGCUGUCAUACCUGGACCCACCUGACCUCCCGAGCAACAGCAACGACGACUUGCUCUCUCUCUUUGAAAACAACUGAACCCUUGUGGGGGAAAAAAAAAAACGUCAAAAAGGACGUCAGAGUGUGUGUGUUUGUGUCAAACAAACUGUACAGGACAAACAAACUGUAAAGUACCACAGUGUAAACACAGCCAUGCACACACACUCACGCUCAAACACACAUGUACAGGAAACACUUGCUCCUCUGCACCUCAUUGUGUAAAUAUCUCCUUCUUACUUUUUUCUGAGCGUCUUUUUGACACAUAUGACAGCCAUGUUGGUUGGCAGUAAGUGAUAUCUUUGAAAUACUAAUAUGGAAACUGUGCAGCUAUAUUUAGUUCAUAUAUAUAUAUAUGUCACACAGAACUGUGUGUGCUCAUUAGGAAAAAAAGUCUUGUAGCAUUUUUAUUCUUGUUUUCCUUUUGUGAAAAAAGAACGACAAACUGAAAGACAAACAAAACUUUUUUUUUUUUCCCUGUGUUUGCCCAAAUCUCUUUGGAAUGUUGUUCUUUCAAGCAUCACCGCCACAGCUUCCCAACCCAGAUGUACGGCUCCAGUUGGACGCCAGCACUGGUCAACUGGUCACUCAUCCAAGUUAUUUCGGGGGGGAAAAACAUAUAAGCACAACAACAAUACGCAAAGCCACAAGAGAAAGGACACUGAUUGGGGCACAUUUGAAAGGGAAUAAACUUGCAACACAAUCAGAACAACUGCCCUACACAGCCUAACCUCUCGGCGACACCCUGUGCUCUGUCAUGGAGGACCAAUCAGAUGCUCUCCAUUCCCAUCUGCCCCCCUGCCCCCUCCACAACAUUGUGUAGUCUUAGGCUAUGGUGAAGGUGUUUCUUCUCAAAGGUAAAUAUGUAAAUAUACCUAUAUAUUUUUUGUGAACAGAAUCAUACCUCCACCACUUUGAAUCAAUGACAUCAAUCCAAGUCAAGGCUGUUGUUUGUUUUGUUUCCACUUGUUUAAGUUUUGUUCUACCAGACGUCGGUCUGAGACAUUGGCUCAUUGCUAUGUCAGUGUCACUUUGCAGCAGUCAACAUGUCCAAUGCUUUAGCAAUGCAAUGUGUCAGUCAUGCUGGUUGGGAAAGUGUGGGUGGUCAGCAGACCUGAAAUAUAAUUACGGCCAAUCGAAUUUGGAACCCCAUAUCAUCUCUGGAGGGUCUGACCUGCUGUGGUCAGCUCCUCUGUCCAUCUGAGGUGAUGUUGAUCCUGUUUAAUGACAGUAUGGCAUACAGUAUGUUCCAGUUGUGUUCCCUUUCUUUCACUGGUAGACCUUUUAUUUAUAGUCUUUACCUUUUAUUCUUCACAUUGUUUUCACCUUUAACUUGUCAAUCAGACUUUGUCCUGUCAAGGUUUACGUUUGUAUUGCAUAAUGUAUUUUCAUUUUCAAUCUUGUAAUCAUUCUUCUUAGUUUGUCUUAUUUGAUAGUGCUACAGAAAUCGAGAGUUCUUUUGGAAAUGGUCAUGGUUAUACCAAAGUUAGCCCAUAGGUGAAUGAGCCAAUUCAGUCAUGAAGCACAGUGACUAAAGUGUUUCAUAUUUUCUUUUUAAUGUGACUAUUGUGGCACCCCAGUCAUUUUAUAAGUGGUCCUACGUAAGAUUGGGGGAUGAAUUUUAGGGAUAGUGAGGUGAGUGCAAUAGUUAUAUUUUGAAUCUAUUUAUUGCAGUAAGUGACUACUGCUGUCUUUAUCAUCAGAUAUAGUCACAUUCCUAUGAACUCCUACAACAGUACUCUUGAUAUUCAUGUGUGUGCGCACACACACACACACACACACACACACACACACAUCAGAAUGCAUGAAACAGUAGCCUACACUUUUUCCCAUUUUGUCCUCAGCUGAAGUUCAAUUUUGUUUUAUAGUGAUUGUUCGGCGUGAAUUUCACCCUGUGGUCAUUUGCAUGAUGGUCGUGAGCCAAACACACCCCCAGAAGCUUUUUUUUCCCUUGGUCGACCAUUUGGUCGAGUUAGGACUUACGGGCUUUUCCCAAAUCACGGAAAUAACUUGCAGUGGUAGCUAGCAGCAGAGAGUAGAUGCCAUCAGGCAAGUGUUAUUUAAAUAAACUCUUGGUGUACUUACAAACUUUCCAAUGCCUCGUUUUAUGAGUACAGAACCCAUUUGUACUACUGUAGAAGUUUAGUAACAUUCCGGGCAUUAUUAGUGGGGUAAUUUACGAGAUACACAACGUGUUCCAUUAGCACCAACGUUAAGCCAUUGGGCUGAUACAUAGACUGAUAGCGCUAACUCGACCAAUGUUCGACAAAGAGGAAAAAAGCUUCUGGGGGUGUGUUUGGCUCACAGCCACCAUGCAAAUGACCAUAGGGUGAAAUUCACUCCUAACCAUCACUUUAAGUCUGCCAUUCAAAGUUAUUUUCUGGUUGGAACGUGAUUCCUUUCAAAUAUCACUCCCUGAGGUCACACAUUUUUGCCUUUUUCAGAUUUGUAAUUCAAGUGUAGCUUGUCAAUCAAUCAGUCAAGAGUAUUUGUAGCCAUUUUCAGAAAUUGCUGUUGAUUUUUAUACAUUUUAUUGGUAUUCACAAAGGUCUGAUGUUUUGCUUAACAAAAUGCAUCAUAGUUCACAUUUUUAUCUACUUUUGCAACAUUAGUGACCCAUUUUUUUUUUUGUUUCCCUGUUUUCAGAUAUUCAUGUUUUUAUGAAUAUAAGAGGGCAACAUGAUUUGGUUUACAUUUAGAUUGCAUUGGAUUGAAAUAUGUAAGUCCUUUUGGCACCGUAGCACGAUUUCAGUGAUGAUCAUAAAGUGAUGCCUAUUCUUGUGUAUUCAUUUGAUGUGUUUUUUGUUUGUUUGUUUGUUUUGUAUCAACAAUGCACUGCCACAUGUUUGUGUUUCCCUCUAGUCACUUAUUGACAUGAUGUCUGCAGAGAAACACCUUGUUCACUUUGUGGUUUCAGUUGUUUGAAUUCUGUUGGCCUUCCACAUGCUGUAGUUGUAGUCAUUGAGAAGACAAGAAGAUUGGGCUGAAAGAGACAUGACCAGUGUUGUGACCAUUGUCGGUAGCAAAAUACAGUGGUGGGAUCCCACAAGAGACGUAAAAGUCCACUCGUCUUGGCCAAUAAAGGGGACAGUCAGACGUGGCAGAAGGGCCGAAGGGGCGGGGGGGGGGGGGGGGGGGGGGCGGGGGGUGAAAGGGAUGGGUGUACAUAUGUAAAUGAUGAAUAGAGACAUGUUAACAAGAAAUGUAUUCAUUUUCCCCAGGGGAAUAUGCAUUGUGUAUUUAGAAUUUGUAAAGCUUGCAUCCUCCUAUCAAGACUCGAAUUGUUUGGGUUAAAUAAAUUCUGUGUUUGUUUGCGUGUGUGGAAUCUCUUCAGCGUUUGUUUCACAUAUGUAUAAUACUAUGAUCCCGUCUCUCAAGGAAGGGGAAGCCGAGCGAGGGUGGGGGGUCAAACGAAAGACAUUUGUUUUACCGGUCUGUAAUAUUUAGCUUUCGUGUAUUGCUCCAUUACCUGUGUACUUUAUAAGGUGCUACAAAAAAUGUAAUGAAGAAAAUCCUGGGGGGAAAUCAGGAGGUUAGGGACGUGGGGCCUGAAUGGGUUCCAAAAGAUUGUAACCAAAUCCAUAGUUUGUACAAUUUUUACCUUGAUCAGAGUCAUUAUUAAGGCAGGGGAGGAUCUCAGUCGAUUGGCGCCAAAUGUGGCAAUUGUCUUUCCGUUUGUACAUUCUGUGUACAAUCAUUUCAUAUUCUAAAAAGGUCAGAACACAAAGAGAAAAAAAACACUAAUUGUGAUUUUUAGUCUUGCAGAACUGUAUGUAGUUAGAUGAUGUGACAUCCUAAUAUUUAUCUAAUAAAUAUGUAUUCAGAUGAAA